AGGGCACAGAGAAGACAAAAUGAGGGAGGCUUCCCGUUAGCUGCAGGAGCGCCGCCGCCGCUCCAUCCCACGUGAAGAGCCGGGAAAGGCCGAGAAGCAACCGCAAGCAGCCGGCCUCUCCCUCCCUCCGUCCCUCCCUUCCCGGACUCUUGAAAAGCGAGAACCGCUGCCGGCCGGAAUAGCCCCGCCAGCUGACUUUUCUCCGGCCUCUGCCUCUCCUGCUUUUCCCGCUCCUCUCCUGGCAUUUACAGCCCCUCGCUCUACCGCGGAAGGGGCCUCGUCUCCUGCGCCCUGGCCGCUGCUCGCCUUCUCUCUCCCGCCCUCGCGCGCACCGGUUCUCCUCGCGUUGGGUUGCAGCUCCCUUUCUUCCCCAUCCCAGCACAGGGGAUCCCUUUCUCUCCCCUCCCCCCCGCCACCCUAGCCUGAAUCCUUCCCGGUUCUUCCUGCUUGCUCCUCUGCUUUCUCCACUUCUUGCAAGCGCUCUGGCUCCCUCCUUCCCGGUUCCUUCCUCCCAGCAUCUCCUUGGAGCGGGAUACACUAAUCCGCGCCCUCCCUUUCAAUAUAGGAGAAUCUCCUUUCACUUUAUCGCUCCCCUCCGUCCCCCCUCCAUCUUCUUUCCAUAGUGCAGGGUCUCUCCUCCUGACCUGUUCGGACCCUGCCUGCCUGCCCCAAGGGGUUCCACCUCUUCUCUCUUGGGUCACCUGCUUGCUUCCCACCACUGCCCCUUAGCCUACAGUUUGCCCCCUUUCCUCUCUUGCCUGGGGCUUAAGAGCCAGAGGGGAGGGGGGUAGAUGUGGGGAACCCCCCUUCCCAUGCCUUCAGUUACGGAUUGCCUGCUGGCUGGUCUUGGAUGCUCAGAGGAGGAGGUGGACAGCCCACUCAGCAGUUUCAUCUGAGGGAUGCUGGAGGUGGCCGAGAUGAUGACUUGAUGCUUGGCUUUGCCAUGGAUGGUUUGAGAUGCUUCAUGGUUGCCUUGGUCACGCUGCUCCUCUAUCGCCCGGGUCCACCUUGGUGCGCUGCCCGACGCCUGGUGCUUUGGACAGGGUUCCCGGUAUUGCUACCCAUCUUGCUGUCGGUGCCAGCAACUCUGACCUCCCCAGCAGCAGAUGACAUCUAUUUGGAGCAGCAGAACAUUUCUUCUCUUUUGCUGAGUGAAAGCACUGUGGGCAACAUGACACACAAAGCCUUAAUUGAAAGCACAAGAGAUUCCAAGGCAAAUACAGUGUUUCCUGAGUUGUCAUCACCAGUAACCACUCCUUUUGAAAUGACCUCACUGGACCAAGAAGGGAGGAACAGAGCCUCAGUUCAACAAAAUGGACCAGCACUGGAUUUUUCAGUAACAAGCAAUGAAGCCAUCUUAAGUGACGAUAGAUUUAUUAGUUUAAUUUCAAAUGCACAACAGAUUCCUUCAUUGAAGUCUUUUGUAGAAGACGAUCAUUUGGGUUCCUACCCAGUAAAGCCAACUAAAGAAACACUACAAACUUUGUUAUUAGCACCUUCGUUAGCUGUCCCCUCCUUGCCACUUAAUUAUGUGGGAACACUGCAAACAAUAUUGCAAAGGGCUGCCUCUGUCCCCCAUAUUUCUCUCCCGCACUUGAAGUCUUUUGAUGGGACAAGUAUUACUCUAACUCCAGACAGAGACUUGCUCAUGCCUCAGACUGACUUAAAUUCUGUUGCAUUAGAAACGGUAGAUACAACUAUCGGAAAAGAAAGGGAGAGCUUGCCAUCUUAUCUUUUCUCUUCAACUUCUUUGCUUUUUGAUACUACUAUAGAACAGUCACCUGUGUAUGACAGUACACAGAGCACUUACACGUACGCUGAAGCUCACUACAGUAUUAAUAGCAGUUUAACUGGAACACUCAGUCCAAAAAGUUCAUCUGUCCUAAGCAUUUUUAAAGAAAUUCCUAUUUCAUUAACAGGGGCAACUGUGUUUUCAACUCACUUUCCUUUUAUUUUUCCCCAUACCAUUCCCCACACAGAUGCAACUGCUUUCAAUACUCUUUUUAAUGAGAAGUUUUUUACACAUGAGCUUUCCCAGAAAUUCUCCAGAAAUUCAGCAUCAAUUUUGCCUAGCUAUCCAGAAAACCAGCUUGGCGAUUUCAAAAGUCCAGUGCCUUUCACUGAACCAUAUGCUUCAUGUUUGUACUGUGACUUCAUCUCAGUUCCUUCAGAACCGUUUUUUUCAGUGCGACCAACAGAAAACGAUGUGGGGUCAGGCGAGUAUGGUGAGACGCUCUCAUUCAUGGUCUCUGAUGUAAAGGGUAUUGUACCACUUACAUCAGGCAUUAGUGAUCUCUAUGACAUGCCAGAACCUCCUCCUGAAAUCUUUGAUACUAGUUUUCCCUCGAGACCUGUGGUUUCACUUUCUUCAAGAUUUACUGAAGUCUCUGAGUCAACUUCUAUGGAAAUUAGCCUUAAAAAUAUAUUUACAUCCACUUCCCCUUCCUUUUACUAUAGCCAGUCUUCUGAAAUUAUAUCAUUGGAAAACACUCUGGUUAAUUUCUCCUAUUCUGUAUCUGAAUUAGUUACAGUAGAAUCUAGUAUUAUGGAAAAAUUAUCUUCUAAAGUUGCUACAAUUUCCCCAGAAUCUGCCUUCAUGGAGAGUGUGAGUGUACCAUCCAUGACAAUCAGAAAUUCAAUUCUGCUAGAAACAUCUGAAUUUAUGCCAUCAGAAACUGCACAUUUAUUUGGCACAACAGUAGAGUACUUUGCCAUAGAAGACUCAGCUAUCAGUAGAUCAGACAUUGUAUCCAGCCUUUCAUUCAUACCCUUUUCCUCUGAGCCAAAUGACUUGUCACAUUUAUCAUCUGCUACAGCCACAUCUUUUCUAGCAAUGCCAAGUGAUUUAUCAACAUUUUUACCUCAUACUUUACCCACACUCCUUCCAUCAUCUGUGCUUUUUGGCAAUUCAUCUGGUUGGAGUUCAGGUGAGCAACCAGCUAUUGACAUCACAAGUAUGGAGGCUUCUCAAGUAUCUUCAUGGCCGACUUCAUUUUUUAAUUCAAGCUCAUCUUCUUUUCCAGUCAUGCACAGUUCUACAGUGAUACCAUCAUCACAUUUCUAUAUGAACUCCUCGGUGUUACUAGAACCAACGUCAAUCUUGAUGGUAGAAUCUGAAUUUUAUUUUACCUCAGCUUUCACAGAAGCUACCUCUCACUCUGAGUCUUAUUUCACUAUUGAUACCAUCUUAACCCAGCAGCUACCUGUGUCAGCUUCAGAGCCUGUUUUCACCAGCAACACCUUUGGGGAUGAAACACAUGUGAGCUCAUGGUUCACAUCAUUGCAGUCAACCCCUGUCUUAACAUUUUCACCUUUUUUGUUGACUACAGCUACUGUUGAAGAUAGUGGUGCUACUGCUAAUUCAUUUUUUUCUUUCACUGAGGUAGCUUCUACCACAGAUUUUUUUAAAACUGCCCCUUAUAUGCCAUUGUCCACAGAUAUGAACAGCAUCGUAAUUUCACCUACCAGACCAAUGGUUGUAGUGACGCCAUCUGAACACACAGUGAUGUCUUCAUCUGUGAAUACUUCAGUUGAAUCUGGAGUUCUAACAAAAACUAGCAUGACUGAGCAUAUUAGUGUGACAGCCUUUACUGCUGCCACUUCUAGUAGCAAAAUAGGCCUUUCUUCAAUUACCAGCAGUACAUCAAGCCCAUCUACAUCCUCUUCAACCUCUAUCUUGGUCCCUACACAGGUUACAGUGGCAACCAUUUCAACUACCACAACUAGACAGCCUUAUGUUUGUGAUAUCACAAUCCCCGAUAAAUAUCUAGUAACAACUGUGCUAGCCCGGAAAUCUGUAGUACAAAAUGUCAGUGAAUCCAUCAAAGAAAUCCUGAGAAAUGAAUUUAGGAGAAUGGUAGAGCUAGAGGUGUAUACACUUUCUCCCAAAUUCUCUUUUCUGGUGACCUCGGGGCCUUUUGUUUACACGGCAAUUGCUGUCAUCAAUGUACUGGUAAACAGCAGCCUUCUUCGUGGUCAGACGCCUCUCAUUUCAUCACUGCAACCAUCUCUUCCUGCUCCAGCUCUCCAGUUCCGAGUGCAAACUGUCCUUCAAUUUGUACCUCGAAGUAUUGACAUUGGAUUCUGUAACUUCAGCCAACGCAUUGAAAAAGGACUGAGAUUUGCCUUUGAGGAGGUGAGAAAGCAUCAUCAGGAUAUUUCCAACUUCACUGUGCAGAUAUUAAAUAUAACUCUGGGUCAGUCUAAAGCAGUGUUUCGGCAAGGCCCUGUGCAAAUUAUGUUUGCCAUUCGAGAGAAACGUGGAUUCUUAAAUGGGUCUGAAGUUAGUGAACUGCUAAGAAACCUAUCUGUGGUGGAGUUCAGUUUCUACUUGGGCUUUCCAGUGCAGCAGAUUGCAGAAC